AAAGAUGUAGCACUUAAGCCUCAGGAACGCGUGGAGAAACGCCAGACGCCUCUGACCAAGAAGAAACGAGAAGCACUUACCAACGGCCUGUCCUUUCACUCCAAGAAGAGCCGACUCAGCCACCCGCACCACUACAGCUCAGACCGAGAGAAUGACCGCAACCUCUGCCAGCACCUCGGGAAGAGAAAGAAGAUGCCGAAGGGGCUCAGACAGCUCAAGCCAGGGCAGAACAGCUGCAGGGACAGUGACAGUGAGAGCGCCAGUGGAGAAUCCAAAGGCUUCCACAGGAGCAGCUCCCGGGAAAGGCUCAGCGACAGUUCAGCUCCUUCCAGCUUGGGAACAGGCUACUUCUGUGACAGCGACAGUGACCAGGAAGAGAAGGCCUCAGAUGCCAGCUCUGAAAAACUCUUCAAUACUGUUAUAAACAAAGAUCCGGAGCUCGGCGUCGGUGCGCUACCCCACCACGACGGCCAUGAUGCGGGGCCCAUUGUCCCCAAGGUAUCGGGUCUAGAGCGGAGCCAGGAGAAGAGCCAGGACUGCGGCAAAGAGCCCCUGUUCGAGCCCGUGGUGCUGAAGGACGCGCGCCCUCAGGUCCCGCCGCCGCCGCCCCAGCCCCAGGCGGAGCCCCAGCCCCGAGCACCGUCUCCGGACCCCGCGUCGGGGCCGCGCGCCGAGCCCCCGCCGCCGCCCCCACGCCCCGGCGCGCAGCCGCCGCCCGCGCCCCCGGAGGCCUCGCUGCAGCCCGCGCCGCCGCAGGCGCCCCGGCCAGCCCGGCCACAGUCCCCGGGGCCGCUGCCGCCCCAGGCCCUCCCGCCCGCGCAGGCCCACCCCUCCGCCCAGAGCCUCCCCCAGCCUCUGUCCGCCUACAACAGCAGCAGCCUGAGCCUCAACAGCCUCAGCAGUAGCAGAAGCAGCACUCCAGCGAAGACUCAGCCCGCCCCCCCUCACAUCUCCCACCACCCCUCGGCCUCCCCGUUCCCCCUGUCCCUGCCCAACCACAGCCCCCUGCACAGCUUCACGCCCACCCUCCAGCCCCCCGCACACUCACAUCACCCCAAUAUGUUUGCCCCUCCCACUGCUUUGCCUCCUCCUCCACCUCUGACAUCUGGGAGUCUGCAGGUGCCCGGACACCCGGCCGGGAGCGCUUACUCAGAGCAAGACAUCUUGCGCCAGGAGCUGAACACGCGUUUUUUGGCGUCUCAGAGUGCUGACCGCGGGGCCUCCCUGGGCCCCCCGCCCUACCUGCGGACCGAGUUCCACCAGCACCAGCACCAGCACCAGCACACGCACCAGCACACGCACCAGCACACCUUCACGCCCUUCCCGCACGCCCUACCGCCCGCCGCCAUCAUGCCGACGCCGGCCCCGCCCAUGGUGCCUUUUGCUUUGAUCCCUUUGCAGUUUGACAAAUACCCUACAAAAGUUGACCCAUUCUACCGGCACAGUCUCUUCCAUUCUUAUCCUCCUGCUGUAUCGGGCAUCCCCCCUAUGAUUCCACCCACCGGCCCUUUUGGGUCACUGCAAGGAGCUUUUCAGCCGAAGACCUCCAACCCGAUCGAUGUCGCCGCCCGGCCUGGGGCGGUCCCGCACGCUCUCCUCCAGAAGGACCCGAGGUUGACAGAUCCUUUCAGACCUAUGUUAAGGAAACCAGGAAAGUGGUGCGCGAUGCACGUUCACAUUGCCUGGCAGAUCUACCACCACCAACAGAAAGUCAAGAAGCAGAUGCAGUCGGAUCCACACAAGCUGGACUUUGGCCUGAAGCCUGAGUUCCUGAGCCGUCCUCCAGGCCCCAGCCUCUUUGGAGCCAUCCACCACCCCCACGACCUGGCACGGCCUUCAACUUUGUUCUCUGCCGCUGGCGCUGCACACCCACCUGGGACCCCGUUUGGGCCGCCCCCUCAUCAUAGCAACUUUCUGAACCCCGCAGCCCACCUCGAGCCUUUUAAUCGGCCGUCUACGUUCACGGGCCUGGCAGCGGUUGGUGGCAAUGCCUUCGGGGGACUUGGAAAUCCUUCAGUUACACCCAACUCAGUGUUCGGCCACAAGGAUGGCCCCAGUGUGCAGAGCUUUAGCAACCCUCACGAGCCCUGGAACCGGCUGCACCGAACGCCUCCGUCGUUCCCGACCCCUCCGCCCUGGCUGAAGCCAGGGGAGCUGGAGCGUAGCGCGUCCGCUGCAGCUCAUGACAGAGAUAGAGAUGUAGAUAAACGAGACUCCUCCGUUAGUAAAGAUGACAAAGAAAGGGAAAGCGUCGAGAAGAGACACUCCAGCCACCCCUCUCCAGCCCCCGUCCUCCCGGUGAGCACCCUGGGACACGGCCGCAGCUCCGGCGAGCAGAUCAGGGGGCAUCUGAGCACCGAGGCUCGCGAGAAAGACAAGUGCAAGGACAGGGAGCGGGAGCACCCAGAAUCGCGCAAGGACCUGGGCGCCGACGAGCACAAGGCGAAGGAGGGCCCCCUGGCCGAGAAGGACGGCCACGGCCACGAGGGCCGCGCCGCGGGCGAGGAGGCCAAGCAGCUGGCCCGGGUGCCGUCGCCCUACGCGCGCGCGCCCGCCGCCGACAGCGCCCGGCCGGGCAGCGCCGCCGGCCGGGACGCCGAGCCGCGCAAGGGCGAGCCGGCCUACGAGAACCCCAAGAAGAGCGCCGAGAUCAAGGUCAAGGAGGAGCGCAAGGAGGACCACGACCUGCCCCCCGAGGCCGCUCCGACCCACCGGCCCUCGGAGCCGCCGCCGCCGCCGCCCAGCUCCUCGGCCGGCGUGCACCCGGGGCCCCUGGCCUCCGUGCCCGUGGCCGUGGGGAUGCCCGGGAUCCACCCCAUGAACAGCAUCAGCGGCCUGGACAGGACUCGCAUGAUGACGCCCUUCAUGGGCCUCAGCCCCAUCCCGGGAGGGGAGCGCUUCCCGUACCCUUCCUUCCACUGGGACCCCAUCCGGGACCCCCUAAGGGACCCUUACCGGGAGCUGGACAUGCACCGCAGAGACCCGCUGGGCAGGGACUUCCUGCUGAGGAGCGACCCUCUGCACCGGCUCUCGGCCCCGCGGCUGUACGAGGCCGAGCGCGCCUUCCGGGACCGGGAGCCCCACGACUACAGCCACCACCACCACCACCACCACCACCCCCCGCUGGCAGUGGACGCGCGGCGGGAGCACGAGCGCGGGGCGCACCUGGACGAGCGCGAGCGCCUGCACGUGCUCCGCGAGGACUACGAGCACCCGCGCCUGCACCCCGUGCACCCCGCCUCCCUGGACGGCCACCUGCCGCACCCGGGGCUGCUCACGCCGGGGCUGCCGAGCAUGCACUACCCGCGCAUCAGCCCGACGGCGGGCCACCAGAACGGACUGCUCAACAAGACGCCCCCGACGGCGGCGCUGAGCGCGCCGCCCCCGCUCAUCUCCACGCUGGGGGGCCGCCCCGUGUCCCCCCGCAGGACUACGCCCCUGUCCGCCGAGAUCAGGGAGCGGCCUCCCUCCCACACGCUGAAGGACAUCGAAGCCCGGUAA